AACUAGCCUCAGUUGUUCGCGCACCCUCAAAUAGAGAGGGUUGAAUAUUUCAAUUUUUUAAUAAAACACACUUAAAAGUUUUACCUGCUGACUCGGUUUCGGUACACGCGACACGCAUUCACAAAAUAUAUAUCGAGUGAUUAUUUUUUAAUUAUCAAAAAAUACAAAAUUUAUUAUUUGAUUUUAUUUUUAACAAUUAAUUAUGUUGGUUUUAUAAAACUGUACGUCAUUAUUUUUUAUAAUUAAGUAUUUUUAUUUAUCGUUGGAAGAGAGGUCAUGCUGAGGUUGUCGACUUUUUGCGGCUUUUCAGGUUGAGAAAAAUAUUGUAAAAUGUGAAAUAACGAAAUCAUCGAGUAAUCAAGAAACAAGAAAAAGAAACGUAAUAAUUUUUCGAAAUCACGAACACGUGGAGAGACGUAAAGCAGGCGCUCGGCCUGCUGUGCGUGAGGACAUUCACCGACGGUGGAACAAUGCUGGAGGCACCACCCGGCAGUCGAGAAGACCUGGUCGAGGCAGCAAGAACACCCUGUUCACCCACAGAUUUGGACACAAUGCUAUACGGCUACAGCAAUGACAUAUACGUACUGGAUCAUACGCCCGAGUCCAUGCCAGACAUGGAUAUGCUUCAACUUUUUGUAUCACCAGCUGGUCGUGCACUUGUUACUGGUGAUAAUCAUAAUCGUCGACGUAAUCAAACAACGACGUCAUCAUUGAUACGUGAAUUACCAAUAUCAAGAACGAAAAAUACAAGAAGAAUAAUUAUUGAACAAACAAAUAGUAAUAAUCCAAGUCCACCACCGAGACAACGUAAAUCAAGUACUGAACUUUACAAAGAAGCUGUUGAAAUACUUGGUCUCACUUGCUCACUCAAUGACAGCUGUCGAUGCAUGGACUGUCAGAGUAAUUAUUUUGACUUUGAGGAGGAUUGUGGUGAUUCAAGACCUGAAUUAGCAGCAGGUACACCACUGUUAUUGGAUCAUGCUUUGACCCAUCCACUGACUUGCUCUAUACAGUAGUAAAAGCCAUCGACACGCACAUAGAGACACACAUCACAACCCCUUCAAGUGUCUCAAUCGAUCUGUCAGCGGUUUCUCCGCGGGUGCGGACGUGCCACCUCUGCCAAUCUUGCCUUCAAGACUCAACUGUGGAAAUAAUCUCUUUGUGUGAAUUUUCUCUCUUUAUCUCUCUCUCUCUCUCUGCUUUUCAUCACAUUCCAUCUCAUUUCAUCUUUAACUAUGUAUCCCCUUUUAUCUUUUCGUUAUCUUUCUCUUUUUUUAUUUAUCUUUCUAACCCUCUUUUCUCCUUUUCAUCGCCUCCUUCAGCUUCACAUCUUAGCUCAGAACGUGCGUUGACAACGAAUACGACGAACAAGACGAGUCUUGGAAAAAUAAAUCCAGAAAAUAUAUAUAUAUAUUAAGUAAAAAAAACAGUAAAAAAUCAAGGUGAUUUUCGUAAGCACGGAGAUGAAAAUAAGAAGAUAAAAAAUACAUAAAAAAAAAAAAACUUAAACGAAAGUAGAAAAAUCGAGGACACG